AUGGCCCCAAUCACCGACAGCCAGAUAGAUGAUCUGAAGGACCUUGUCCACAAGCUUGAAGCUCGAGUCCAUGACCUCGAGCACAGACUGGAGAGUGGAGAGACGAAACCGAGCCUAGUAGAGUCCAUGCGAUUGAUUCUCAUCGGUCCUCCUGGCGCAGGCAAGGGCACCCAAGCCCCUCGCAUAAAGGACCGGUAUUGCAUAUGCCAUCUGGCCACCGGCGACAUGCUUCGCGCACAAGUCGCGAAAAAGACCCCUCUCGGGCGAGAAGCCAAAAAGAUCAUGGAUCAAGGCGGACUGGUCAGCGAUGAUAUCAUGAUCAACAUGAUCAAAAAUGAGCUCGACACAAACAGAGAAUGCGAAAAUGGCUUCAUCCUCGAUGGCUUCCCCCGGACAGUUGCCCAAGCAGAAGGCCUUGAUUCCAUGCUUCAAGCAGAGAGCAAGCCUCUCAAGCAUGCCAUUGAACUUCAAAUUGAUGACGGCCUUCUCGUGUCUCGGAUCACUGGUCGAUUGAUCCAUCCUGCUUCGGGCCGAUCGUACCACAAGGUGUUCAACCCUCCCAAGGAGACCAUGAAGGACGAUGUGACUGGCGAACCGUUGAUACAAAGAACCGAUGACAAUGCGGAGACCCUGAAGAAGAGAUUGAGCACCUACCAUGAACAGACCGCGCCUGUGGUUGGAUACUACAAGACCAGGGGCAUUUGGGCAGGAAUCGAUGCUAGCCAGGAUCCCGAACACGUAUGGAAGAGCAUUCUGGGCGUUUUUGGCGACUCAAAGACCACCUCUUCGUCGAGCGGCAUCUUGAGCAAGAUUGGACUGCGGUGA